AUGGUGUUCUGCAGGGAGAGUAGGGAUGAGGGGGCGAGGGGUUUGUCGAGCGCUGCACGCUCGGCGUCGUCGAGGAGGGAUAGGGCCUCGUCGACGCGGUGCUCGGCGAGGAGGAUCUCGAGGUUCUCGACGAGGGGGUUUGAGGAGGGGUCGGUGGUGAUGGGGUCUGAGAGGGGUUCGAAGGGGUCGUCGGGCGAGUGGUGGUGGUGGGGACCUUCGUGGAGGGACUCGAUACGGACGCCGUCGGCGAUGGUGUGGAUGAUGUUGGCGCGGGACGAGAGAAGGUUUUUGAGGGAGACGAGCUCGCCUUCCAAGUCCGAGAUUUCUCUUGAUGUCCUGUGGAAAAUAUUUUUCCUUGAUAUGAAAGUUGUGCUUAAGAGCCCUUCUUCAAGCCCACAAGGUAAAUGCAAAGGUGCCGAAUUGCCUGUCAAAAGAUCGUGCCCAGGCAAAGGAGAGAAGCUUGUAAUAAUUGAAGACCUUCUCGCUCAUAACGCCACAAUGACUGGUGACGUAAGACUUCGGAUCGAAAUUGGAGGAUUUGAAGACUUUGAGCUUCUCACUCAACGUUAG